GGCCCCGGCCCCGGCCCCGGCGCGGCCACAUGGCGCCGCCGCAUGUGACCGCCGUCACCUGAUCAACAUGGCCGGGGCCCGCGCCGCCGCCGCCGCCCGCCGCGGCUGAGCGCCCGCCGCCGCCGCCGCCAGGGAGGCCGGGGCCGAGCCAGCAUGGAGGCCUUCCUCCAGAGAGCCGAGAGGGACCUGAGCAUCGACCGCCGGCAGCUGGCCGCCGCCGCGGAGGGGACCCACGUCACCGCCUUCGUCCCCGUGAAAUGGCUGGCGACCCUCAAAGAGCGCCGCGUGCUGCCCGGCCUCUGCCCGCGGCCCGAGGGGCUGAGCGACGGGGAGGUGAGGACGCUCCUCCAGCACUCGGUGCAGAAGCUGCCCGCCGGCUGGACCCGGGUGGAGAUCCACGGGCUGCGGAAGGACGGGCUGACCUACCCGCUCAGCGUGCAGCAGGGCCCCUCGGACCCGCGCGCCGGCGGCUGGGAGACGCUGCACGGGUUCAUGCAGAACGUCGCCUCCCAGAACUACCGCAACCUGUGGGGCCGAGCUCACUGCCUGUACGUGCGGCCCUACUGCCACGCUCACGCGCCGCCCACCGUGCCGGCCCUGGACGCGCUCAGGGCCGCCCUCCAGAAAGCGUACGGCUGCCCCGUCCUUCAGGUGGGCAAGAGCGCGCUCAGCACAUCCCCCGCCAAAGACGGUGUUGCGGCUGUGAAGGGAACGCCCUCCUGCCCCAACGUGCUUCAAGCAGAAGCCCUCCUGGAGUCAGCUGACAUGCUGUAUGUCAUCUUCCCGUACGUGCAGUACUGCUUGCAUGACAUCGUGACUUUCAGCCCAGCCAAGCUCACCAACAGCCAUGCCAAAAUCCUCUUCCUCCUCUUCCACGUGCUGCAGGCCAUGAGGGCCUGUCACCAGGCAGGUCUGGCUUGUGGUGCCUUCUCCCUUCGUGAUGUGGUUGUGGAUGAGAAGCUGUGCAGCCAGCUCAGAGUGAACUUCAGUGCGUAUGAGAGACCAAAGAAGGAAAAAGGGCAUCUGGAAGCUGGUUUGAAACGAACAAGCGAGGAAUGCAGCACUGGUGCACAAGUGAAGGAGGCUGGCUGCGCAGCCUGCCAGAAGGACCUCCGGGACCUGGUAUUACAGUGGGUACAUGGGCGAGUCAGCAACUUUGACUACCUUAUGCGUUUAAACAGUUUGGCAGGGAGGAGAAUGGGAGACCCCAAUUACCACCCGGUUCUUCCAUGGGUGGUGGACUUCACCACCAAAAAUGGCAAGUUCAGGGACCUAAGGAAAUCCAAGUUCCGUCUCAACAAGGGAGACAAGCAACUGGACUUCACCUAUGAGAUGACCAAGCAGGCGUUUGUUGCUGGUGGAACAAGUGGGGAGCAGCUUCAUGUCCCCCAUCACAUCUCUGAUGUCCUUUCAGAUAUCACCUACUAUGUGUACACGGCUCGGAGAACACCCAAGGCAGUCCUGUGCUGCCAUGUGAGGUCCCAGUGGGAGCCCAAUGAGUAUCCAGCCAGCAUGGAGCGCAUGCAGAGCUGGACUCCGGACGAGUGCAUCCCUGAGUUUUAUACAGACCCCUCAAUCUUCCGAUCCAUCCAUCCCGACAUGCCUGACCUGGAUGUGCCAUCCUGGUGCAGCUCCUAUGAGGAGUUCAUUGAAGUCCACCGCAUGCUGCUUGAGAGUCGGGAAGUCUCUCAGGAUCUCCACCACUGGAUUGAUCUCACUUUUGGAUACAAGCUGCUGGGGAAGGAUGCUGUCAAGGAGAAGAAUGUUUGCCUCCAUCUAGUAGACAACCACACGCAUCUGACAACCUAUGGGGUUGUGCAGCUCUUUGACCAGCCGCAUCCCAGGCGCAUGGUGGGACCUGCCUACACACCUGCUGAAGCUCCAACCAUUGCUCGGCCUCUUCUCCAGAAUAUCAGGGAGACUGUGUUUUUGGAGGAGGUCCAGGGCCAGGUGACUGAUGCAGUUAAUGGGCUGGUCCUAGAGGCUAUUCCUAGUGAAACCAGCUGGUCUGGGGAGAAGGCCAUCACUGGAGAGGAUGAUUUAGAGCAAGGCACGGAAGCCCUGGAUUCGAUUUCUGCUCCUACUAGAGCUGCUGAUCAGCCUUGUCCCACUAUGCCUUCAGCACAGCCCUCCAACCUCCCUGCGUAUGCCACAGAAGGCAAAACCUCAGGUGUCCGACCUCUCCGUCGGAGCAAGGCAGGUGCUGGGGAUCAGGCUGACAGGGAUGGCAUGAAGAUCACACUUCCUGAAGGCUUCAAUCCACUCCAGGCCCUGGAAGAACUGGAGAAAUUGGACAAUUUCUUGGUUAAAGGCUUAAGCAGCGAAAUGCAGUUGAUGGAGCAGCCAUGCAAAGAGCAACCUUUGGGUCUCUCGGACCUCUUCCAAAGGGAUAUGCAAGCUUUGGGCAUCCUCGUAGCUGAGAUAAUAUUUGCACCAAGGAUUCGCCCUUCGAAGCCCGAUGCAUCCCUGUUGGAGCGGUUCCUGAUGGUGCGUAAUCUGUGCCGCUACUAUCCCAAGGAGAUCCCAGCCCCACUCCAGCAUGUGCUGCACGUCCUGCUGCAGCUGAGUGUGCCUGUGGAGCGGCUGCUAAAAACCAGGAUGGGCAAGGGCACGGUGUUGUUGUUUGAAUACAAACCCAUUUCCCAGGGUCUCCCCCCACCUUGUCCCAUUCAGCUCCUCAGCCCCUUCAGCUCCAUUGUUCCCUUCCCCACGUACUUCCCAACCCUGCACAAAUUCAUUUUCACCUACCAGGCAAAGAAGGUAGAGGAUGAAGGUCAGGGCCGGGAACUCGUUUUCCAGCUGUGGCAGCAGCUAGAGGGUAUCCUUUCUGAUAUCACUCCUGAGGGCUUGGAGAUUCUUCUGCCUUUCAUAUUAUCUCUGAUGUCCGAGGAGAAUACCGCUGUCUACGCAGCAUGGUAUCUCUUUGAACCUAUAGCUAAAUCUCUGGGUCCUAAGAAUGCCAAUAAAUACCUGCUCAAGCCAUUGAUCGGAGCAUACGAAACCCCCUGCUAUCGCCAUGGCAGGUUCUACCUGUACACCGACUGCUUUGUCGCCCAGCUAAUAGUGCGCCUGGGGCUGCAGUCCUUCCUCUUGAACCUGCUGCCCCACAUCCUGCAGAUUCUCGUUGGCAUUGAGAGCUCGCGGGAGGAGAGCAAAUCCCUUCUUGGCACGGCUGAAGAUGAUGAAAGUGGAGGGGACAGCCCGGUGUCAUGCGUGUUUGGGGAGGAGAUCAAAAUGGAUGUGGAUCACAGCUCUGCUGCGCUCGACCUCCUUGACUACACCUCUGGUGUCAGCUUCCAUGACCAGGCUUACCUGCCUGAGAGCGAGGACUUCCAGAGCGGCCUCUAUGUUGGGGAGUCCCUGCAGCCCCAGGAGCAGGAGUCGCUCAGUCUUGGGCGGCUGAGUGACAAGAGCAGCGCCAGCGAAGUGUCGCUGGGGGAGGACAGACCUGCGGAUGGGGAUUCCCAGAAGGACAAGAGCAGCUUGAAGUCGAUGGACAGCAGCCAGGAUCUGAAACAGAGUGAGGACUCGGAGGAGGAGGAGGGGGAUGAGCAGGAAGAAGAGGAGCAUGAUGACACUGCAGUUGAUAUAGAGCUGACUCUGGCUGUGGAUGCUGGUGCCUCCGUGGAUGCUGCUGCCUCUGUGGAUGUCACUCUGGCUGAUGACAGCAGUGAGCCAGAGGACGGAGAGGGAGAGGAGCUGCCAGACCACUCUGGUGACAAAGAGCAGACAAUACUCCUGGACACAACCUGUAAGAUGGUGAGGUGGCUCUCAGCCAAGCUGGGCCCUACUGUAACGUCACGGUUCAUCGCCAGGAACUUGCUCCGUCUGCUUACAUCCUGCUACAUCGGCCCCACCAGGCAGCAGUUUGUACCAAGCAACGAUGAGAAUGGGCCCCUGAGCGCAGGAAAUAUCUACCAAAAACGGCCAGUGCUGGGAGAUCAGGUGUCCAAGCCAGUGCUGGCCUGUCUUGUGCAUGUGGCUUACCUGUACGGAGAGCCUGUCCUCACCUACCAGUACCUGCCCUACAUCAGCUACCUGGUUGCUCCCAGCGGUGGGUCCGGUGGUGGCCGGCUGAACAGUCGGAAGGAGGCAGGGCUCCUGGCUGCUGUGACGCUGACUCAGAAGAUCGUGGUGUGUCUCUCGGACACCACACUCAUGGACAUUCUCCCCAAGAUCAGCCAGGAGGUGCUGCUCCCGGUGCUGGGCUCCCUCACCUCGCCCACUGUGGGUUUCCCCAGUGGUGCCCAGGCCCGUAUUGUCCUGUGUGUUAAGACAAUCAGUCUAAUUGCCUUGAUCUGCCUGCGGAUUGGGCAGGAGAUGGUGCAGCAGCAUUUGAGUGACACUGUGAGAAACUUCUUUGGGGCGUUCUCACUGCUGCAGGAGCUGCAAGACCAGGGAUUGACGGCAGAGGCACUAAGCAGCUGUGAGGUGCCUUUGAUGGAGGUGCCUCUCUCGAACGGGAAGCUGCUGGCCCUGGAUCCAGCAGUGCUGAUGGAGUUACAGAAGGUGUUUAAUCCCGAGAUGGCCUACAUCACCUACAUCCCCUUCUCUUGCUUGCUAGGCGAUGUUAUCAGGGUGGUUGUGCCCAACCACUCGCUGGUUGAGAAGCUGGCCAGCCUCUACCUGGAGAACGUGAACCCGAAGAGCUUGCAGGUGGUUAGCCUAGAACAAACACAGAGCGUGGCAUGCUCAGAGCAAGAUAUGCGAGGGGCCGAACCGUUCUCUAGCCACCACGAGGACAGUCACUCUGGCACCUUUGGGAGCGUGCUGGUAGGGAAUCGCAUCCAGGUUCCUGUGGACACACAGCGUGAGGGUCUUGGCUUGCUUUGCCUCAGUGCUGUCGCUGAUGGCUUUAUUCCCAUCUCGUCCAACGAGGAAAAUACCCUGAAGCAUGAUCUUCCUCGCAGCACCCACAUGUUGUGUGGGAACUGGCUGGCCUACUGGCAGUAUGAGAUUGGGGUGAACCAACAUGACCCCCGCUUCCACUUCCACCAGAUCAAGCUACAGAGUUUCUCAGGGCAUUCAGGGGCCAUCAAGUGUGUGGCACCGCUCAGCAGUGAGGACUUCUUUCUUAGUGGCAGCAAGGACAAAACUGUCCGCCUCUGGCCCUUGUACAAUUACGGGGAUGGUACCAGUGAAGUGCCGCCACGGUUCACGUACACCGAGCACAAGAAGUCUGUUUUCUAUGUGAGCCAGCUGGAGGCAUCGCAGCACGUGGUGAGCUGUGAUGGGACUGUGCACAUCUGGGACCAGUUCACAGGCAAACUUCUCCGGACUUUUGAUGAGUUAGACAGCAAAGUCCCCAUCACAGCUGUGACCACUAUGCCACCUCCCUAUCACAGCAUCUCUGUGGCUGGCGCAGACUCUGUGCUGCGUUUCAUCGAUCACAGGAAGCCAGGACUACAGCACGAAUUUCGCCUGGCCAGUGGUGUGAGUGCUGGGCUCAUCCGCUGCUUGGCUGUCAGUCCUAAUGGGCGCAGCGUCGUGGCCGGCUUCUCCUCUGGGUUCAUCGUGCUGCUAGACACCAGGACAGGACUCAUCAUGCGGGGGUGGCCUGCCCAUGAGGGAGACAUCCUGCAGAUCAAGGCUGCAGAGGGCAAUAUGCUAAUCAGCUCCUCUUCGGAUCAUUCCCUGACUGUCUGGAAAGAACUGGAGCAGAAGCCUUUGCACCACUACAAAUCUGCCUCCGAACCCAUCCAUGCAUUUGACCUCUAUGGCAACGAAGUGGUGGCUGGCACCGUGGCCAACAAGAUUGGUGUCUACUCCAUGCUGGAGUCAUCAGCCCUGCCUAUGAGCACGACCAAGCUGAGCUCGGAGAACUUCCGGGGUACUCUGACGAGCCUGGCCGUGCUGCCCACGAAAUGCCACCUCCUGCUGGGUUCUGACAACGGCGUGGUACGCCUGCUGGCAUAGCGCCUCCCGGCCCAGCAGCCCCUGCCUCUUCCACAGCUCUGGUGGUAGCGUUGAAAGCUGGCAGCUUUGCUUACAGAGGAGGCAGAGUUGGACAUUUCUGAACACAGGAUGCAGGAGGGAGGUGUACUCGUUAGCGAGCGCUCAGUAAAGCAUCUCUAACCUCUUUCUGUAUCUUAACAAAAAAAAAAAAAAGCCAUAAUUAAGGAACCUCUACUGCUGCUGGGAGAAAUGCUGGGCAUUGUAGGUCACUGUGACCCUUGCAGAGAGGUCUGGAGCUUUCCAUACCAUGUGUGCCUGACUCCUCAGGGGACUGUGAGCUGCUCUCCAGAGAAAUAUGGACCAUGGCUAUCCUCCCCCCUGCAUCAGUAAGGGGUAAGAGGUAGCCCUUGACAAGAACACAACAGUAUAGCUAGUACCAUCUGCACUUACCCUUCACUCUCCACUCCUGAACCACUGAACAGUCUUAUUAGAAUAGCAUAACAUGGGCCUGGGAGCCACCUUUGGAGCUGCAUGGUGCUGGGCAUAUCCUCCUUGUGUGGUCUGGGGGUUCAAGGCCCAGGAGGAUGCACUGUAUUAACUUCAGGUUCUGCAGUCCCAGUUAGAUCCUGUAUGGGAGGAGGAGAGGUUAACUAGAGCACUUUUGUUACCUUACUGGUCCCAGGGCAAAGGCAGGAACGGAAGCCAGCCAAGGCACAAACCCCAUCUGCAGUGCAGCAGGUUUGUUUAGGGAUGAACUGUUGCAGAGGGAUAGUUUGGGGUGGAAACAUGACUCUCUAGGGAUGACAGAACUAGAUGCUUCCAUGAGGAUUUUGGCUCCUGGAGUAGUGAGAUGGGGGUGAACUUUUCUUGUUGGUUCUUGCCCCAGAAGCACUGCAUCCCAUGCUUAUCAAUGGGGUGAGGAGUGCUCUUUGUGCAGGGGAACAAGGCUGCGCUGGCAGCGUCUCUUAAUAAUAAAUCCUCUUUCUAAUCUGCCCUGCUCCCCUCUGUGCUGAUCAGACUUGUAGCGAAGUAGAAGGAUAGGACAGCAAAAAGGUGCUCAAUUUUGCCCCCACCUGCCUGAAGAGUGAAUACCGAGGGGCACAGUCCAGCAUGGUCUCCCUCUCCUGACCUUUCCUACUGGGAUGCGCCUGUCUGCUCCCUGGUCUUGUCUUCGGCCCAGCAAUAGGAGCGGUUGCCUCAGGUCUGUUGCAGCCUUCUUCCCAUCCAUCCUUCAGCCUAGUUGGAGCUAGUGUCAGGGACUGGGAAGCUUGUAUCUCUGGCAGAGGAGGAGCCUGCUGUGGGUUGUCCUGGGAGGGGAAAGGGCUUUCAUGGAGCUGUUAGCUCAUCUGAGCCACCUGCAGAGGGGAAGGCUGCCCUCUGCUUCCAGGGAGGGUGGGGAGGUGAGCAGUUGGCCCUUGCUGUCCUUCCCUUCCAAGGGAGCUCUCAGUCCUGCGUUGCCUAUUAACCAUUUGCAAUAGAUGUAAAUAUUUACUUCUAAUAAACUCUUUGAAAGAGA